GUGGAGUCGUAGCUGCGUCCGGGAGCAGAGCUGAGGAGCCCUGGGGAGUCUCAAAGUUUGUGUCUGGAGCCCUAGCGGAGAGUGGGCUUGUUGAGAAAGGCUUUCUGGGAAUGAGAGCUGAUUUCCUGUCUUUCUUUUGGAUGCACACCCUGCUUUCACCUCCUCAGCCUUCGGUCUGACCUCAGGACCGUCACUCUCCUCCGGGGAAUCUCCGGACCGGAGCCCUUGGCAGUUCUUUCUGAGGCAGAGAAGCGAACGUUUUCCUUCCUAAGUGCAUAAGCUACACGCACACGCACGCGCGCACACACACACACACACACACACACACACACACAUACACUCGUGUGGAGGCGAAUCUCGCUCUCCGAGACCCUGCCGGCUCCCCUCCUGCCCUCAGCAUCCUCGGCCCAGCGCGCCUCGGACCACCAUGGAGGUGCUGGAGAGCGGGGAGCAGAGCGUCCUGCAGUGGGACCGCAAGCUGAGCGAGCUGUCAGAGCCCGGGGAAACAGAGGCUCUCAUGUACCAUACGCACUUCUCUGAGCUUCUGGAUGAGUUUUCCCAGAACGUCUUGGGCCAGCUCCUGAAUGACCCUUUUCUCUCCGAGAAGACCGUCUCCAUGGAGGUGGAGCCGUCCCCAACAUCCCCGGCACCUCUCAUCCAGGCUGAGCACAGCUACUCCCUGUGUGAGGAGCCUCGGGCCCAGUCACCCUUCACCCACGUGACCACCGGGGACAGCUUCAAUGACGAUGAAGUAGAGAGUGAGAAAUGGUACCUGUCUGCAGACUUUCCAUCCACAACCAUCAAGACAGAGCCGAUCACAGACGAGCCACCCUCAGGACUUGUUCCGUCUGUCACGCUGACCAUCACAGCUGUCUCUACCCCUUUGGAAAAGGAGGAACCCCCUCUGGAGAUGAACACUGGGGUUGAUUCCUCAUGCCAGACGAUUAUUCCUAAGAUUAAGCUGGAGCCUCAUGAAGUGGAUCAGUUCUUAAACUUCUCUCCUAAAGAAGCCUCCGUGGACCACCUGCACUUACCGCCCACCCCUCCCAGCAGCCACAGCAGCGACUCCGAGGGCAGCCUGAGCCCCAGCCCGCGCCUGCACCCCUUCGGCCUGCCGCAGACCCACAGCCCCGCCAGGGCCCCAGCGCGGGCCCCCUCGGCGCUGGCCAGCUCCCCGCUCCUCACGGCGCCUCAUAAGCUGCAGGGGUCGGGUCCCCUGGUCCUGACGGAGGAGGAGAAGAGGACCCUGAUCGCCGAGGGCUAUCCCAUCCCCACCAAGCUGCCCCUGACGAAGUCCGAGGAGAAGGCCCUCAAGAAAAUCCGGAGGAAAAUCAAGAAUAAGAUUUCUGCCCAGGAAAGUAGGAGAAAGAAGAAAGAAUACAUGGACAGCUUGGAGAAAAAGGUGGAGUCCUGUUCAACCGAGAACUUGGAGCUGAGGAAGAAGGUGGAGGUUCUGGAGAACACCAACAGAACUCUCCUGCAGCAGCUGCAGAAGCUCCAGACUUUGGUGAUGGGCAAGGUCUCUCGCACCUGCAAGCUGGCCGGCACGCAGACUGGCACCUGCCUCAUGGUCGUUGUGUUAUGCUUUGCCGUUGCAUUUGGCAGCUUCUUUCAGGGCUAUGGACCCUAUCCUUCUGCCACCAAGAUGGCCCUGCCCAGCCAGCAUUCCAUGCAGGAGCCCUACACAGCUUCCGUUGUGAGAUCCAGGAACCUGCUGAUCUAUGAGGAACACUCUCCCCUGGAGGAGCCGUCCAGUCCCGCCUCGGCUGGGGAGCUCGGGCGCUGGGAUGGAGGCUCCUCCCUGCUCAGGGCAUCGGGGCUGGAGUCCAGGCCAGAUGUGGAUCUCCCCCAUUUCAUUAUCUCCAAUGAGACCAGCUUGGAGAAGUCAGUGCUGUUGGAGCUGCAGCAGCACUUGGUCAGCACCCAGCUGGAGGGGAAUGAAACACUAAAAGUUGUCGAACUCGACAGACGAGUGAAUGCCACCUUCUGAAGAAGCCGUCGCCACCCCCCUCUUUCUCUUCACUCUGCCUUUAUGUCCCAAACCACCUUUAUCAUAAGCUUUUCCUAUUUGCCACCCGACCUUGAUGAAGACAUGGACAAGCAGUCGUAGCUUUGGAUGGGAGGACAGCCUGGGAUUCCCACCCGUGGUGAGAGAGCGCCGACCCCCGGCCCCACGUACCCGCCUCCCCCCAUCACUUACGGCCAUAGGAAAUUAUUUUAGGGUCAGGGGUGGGACAAGCAGGCUGGUUUCUACUGACAGUGCUCAAAAGAUACUGCCGGAUUCUCACGGGGCUGUGGGGGUAUGUGACCGCGUCUUUGAAGAAGAGCUGACUCUUGUUCAUUCAAGACCCCAGGCUCUAGCCACAAAAAGACCAGGGUGCCUGUUGGAAUCUGGCAAAGCACUGACUGAUGUCCUGCCUUCUUCAGCCCGGGGCUCCGGGGCACGUGCUCCCAUCAGCCCUGCAAGUGCCAGGGCCUCCCGCGAGCUCCCCCUGCCGCUCUGCCCUGAUCUCUCGCUGACAGUCUGCCCGGCCCUGGAGCUGGAGCCAGGCGUCCGUCGCCUUCUUACUCUCAGGCCGCAAGUGCAAUGCCUGAAGGAAUCAGGCUUUUCUACUCCAGGCAAACCUGCCCCAUCUUGUUGCUUGUUAGGAUUUCACCACAGUCCGUGUCCCCCACACGCCCCUAGUUCUGCCUCCCUGGCUUCUCCUCCCCAUUUGUAAAUAGUAUUUAUUAGCAUGCUGAGGCUUCCCGCGGGCAACCACACUGAAGACGUCCACACGCCUCCCUCCAGGCUACCAAGGUCUUCGGUUGGUUUUCAGAGCGAGGCGGGCCUCCUAGGCUCUUGGACCCCCUACCCUUCCAGGCCAUGUUUUGGUUUCUGCUCUUUGUGUACUAAAGGCCUAAUUGUAGUUGGGAGAUUUCCUUAAGCACGUCCUCCCAGAGCAGCAACUCAGAGGGAAAGGUGGAGCCGUGCCUUGCUUAGGUCUGGGUUCUGCGGACAGAUGCUCGUCUGUCCUGUGCCCACAGCAGCAGGGACGGGAAACCCUGGCAUUUCAGACAACUAUGCCAGCUUGCAUUUUCCCACAUCCCUGAGGCUUCUUCUUUCUCCUCGUCUGCCCCAACACAGGGCCAGAGCAGGGGUAGAGCUGAGGCCUGUUCCUGGGGUCGGCGUAGGUGACAUUUGUGUAUCCACAGUCUUACCUUUUAGAGUCAGGUUUGGCUACUUUGCAGCUCACCCAAAGAGAUACCACCUAAUCCCCCAACCUACUUUUAUUUUUUUUUUUUUAAUGAUUAAAAGUAACUUUUGUAGUUUUUAAAAAAAUCUUUCCUCUUUCAUACAAAUAAGAAAUGGACUUUUUACUGUGUAAUGUAGAAGUCUCCCCUUAAAUGUGUUUCCCUAGCUUGUAAAAGAUUUUGUGUAAGAUACUUGUCACUUUUGGUAUUUUGUUUUCAGUCGGAGCUGAAGCACCUUUUGCUUCAACUCUCUCUCUGUCUCCGUUUCUCUCUUCAUCUACUUUGUCAUUGGAGCUUGUAUUGAGGAGGGAUUAAGCCACACCAGGGCCUUCCGUUUAUCUCCGAUACAGGAUUUGGUGUCAUUAGCAUUUGCCAUCAUACCUCAUAAGUGGGCCCGGACCUUCGGGGCUCACUGUCAGUGAUUCUUUCUCUCCCUGCUGUGAUGCAGAGUUCUGACUGGGAGACGGCCAAGUUCAUCUCCUUGGCUCUGUGGGAAAGCUGAAUCAGGAUUGCAGCGGUCCUGGCAGCCCUCGUGGUCCUUUGCACACCUGUCCCUGUCCCUUCCAUUGGCGAGGGAGGGCUGAGACCCUGGGGGGCUGUGUGGGCAGAGGGCUGCUAGCAUUCCUCAAAGCCCCCUUCCCGCUUCUGCUUCUCUCUGCCUUCUCCUCUCCUCCCCUUUUGCUCUAGAGCCUCUUGGGCCUGGCUGGGAUCUGCUAACCAUGGGCCAUUAUUGAUCCAUCCUUCUCCUUAAAACGUCUCGUAAUUGUCAGGCACAGGCAGCCAGGAUAGGGGAUUAAAGUUAAGAUACAAUUAACUCAAGUAGUAUUUGGACCAUGAGAAAGGCACGCUUGUGUAUGUCGGUGAGAAUGGGUCGGUUUUCCCACCAGACACACUGGAACCAGAUGGGUUUUUGUUUUGUUUUGUUUGGUCUUUUUGUAUUUUUAGGGUCGCACCUGUGGUAUACGGAGGUUCCCAGGCUAGGAGUCCAGUUGGAGCUGUUGCUGCCAGCCUACACCACAGCCACAGCCAUGCCAGAUCUGAGCUGCAUCUGCAACCUACGCCAGAUCCUUAACCUACUGAGCGAGGUCAGGGAUCGAACCCACAACCUAAUGGUUCCUAGGCAGAUUUGUUUCUGCUGCGCCAUGACGGGAGCUCUGAACCAGAUGGGUUUUUAAGGCUCCUGGAUUAGCUCGAGGGGCAAGUUCAUCUUUCGAAUGAGGAGGGAGUAGGGAGAGGCCAGCAAACUCCUAGCGUCCGUUCUUAGUGCCUUGAGGAUGUUAUUUCCUCCCUGACCUUCCCUUGUUUGGCAUCCGUCUCUCUAGCCCUCCAAACAGCAGGGCUUGAUCUCUGAGAAACUGUGUUUCCAGAAGGGAGUCUGUGUCUGGAGGCCUGGGACAUCAGCCUGAGAGCUCGAAUAGCCCUUGUAAGGGGUUCCACGACCCAGCAUUGCUGCUGUUUUGAGAAAGACCUCUGCCCUCCUCUCCUUGCUGGGCAAGUACAGGAAACUGAACAGUUAUCCCGUCAGGAGGAGGUAUGGAGUCAAGAGGAUGCAGAAGGGUCGGAUCAUACCAGAGGUGGGCCCCAUAAUUAAUGGGUGUGUACAUGUUUCUGUUCCAGAGUUAAGCCCCUAACGUCAACCCCCCAGAGCCAGCCCGUAGACAAGUCAGUAAUACCUGGUUAGCCCCGAAGAUCUCAAAUAGUGGCAGGUGUUGGCUUCUGAACUUCAGUUGUGGUCAACACAGGACUGUUAGCGCAACCAUCAAUCGAAAUGCAUUGGUAUGUUAAUGAGAAACAUAUUAAUAUAUUUUCCAUCUAUCAAGAGGUUUUCCUCUCUCCUUUCUUUGACUGGCCUAGUAAAGGAGCUGUCUUGCAUCGUUCAGAGAACAUGUACUUUUUUUAACUGGAUGAGACCUGGGUGACCCAGACACACACAUGCCCACCCCCCCACCCCCCAGCAGUUCUGUUCACAGCUCUCAACUUUGCACUUAGAAAUGGAUACUGUAAAUGAAAGCAGGUUUAAGAAGGAAUUUCUGUGAAGUGCUGGGUUUAAGAAGGAAUUUCUGUGAAGUGCUGGGACCGUGGAGCCUCGCUCACAUAAAGAGUGUUACAUAAAAACCUGACCGCUGAACUAGGUUGCUCCUUUGGGGCGGGAGGUGGGCCUGAAGUUGGGCAUCAGUGCAGGCAGAAUUAGAUAACCUUUUCGUUAACGUAAAUGAUUUUGAUUCCCAGACCUAAUUUGUAGAUCGUGAAGGCAGCUUUUAGCUCAACUUACUUACGGACCAACUGUAACUACCAUGUUUUUUCCUUCCUGCGUCUCUCGGUGUAGCCUGAAUGCCGAGCGGGGCUGGGAAUCACAUGUGCCCUUGGAGCAGGAGUGUUGAAUUCAUUCAUCUUUAUUCUGGCAGUGAGUCAGUGUCCAGAAGUGUUGACAUAAGUGUUGUGUUAAAACUUUUCAGCACUUUGUAUCUCCCUCCUGUGUUUUCACACCAAGCUAAAGACAAGGAUCGGAGGGCCCCUCGGGACCAGCUCCUCCCAGCACACACUGCACACAUGGAGAACCCCCCCUGCCCCCCCUUGGGGAGAUGGAGCGUCUGUGCUGGCUCUGCUAACAUGGGGAGAUAGGAGACUGAGGAGAAGGCUUUAGCUUCCCCCUUUGUUUGGCACUAAUCCGGUUCCGUUGAAUCCAGUCUUUGAGAAACCUUUAUUAAGGACACCAGCUCUCUUGGAGUUCCCGUUGUGGCUCAGUGGUAACAAACCAGACUAGUAUCCAUGAGGACGCGGGUUUGAUCCCUGGCAUCACUCAGUGGGUUAAGGUCCUGGCAUUGCCGUGAGCUGUGUUGGAGGUCACAGAUGCAGCUUGGAUCCUGUGUUGCUGUGGCUGUGGCGUAGGCCAGCAGCUGUAGCUCUGACUUGACCCCUGGUCCAGGAACUUCAUAUGCCGCAGGUGCGGCCCUAAAAAAUAAAUAAAAACAAUAAAGACGCCAGCUCUCCUGCUUGCCGUGCUGGCAGGACCUGUGAGCCAAAUCAUUAGCAGGUGGUGCUCUGGUGGGAGUCGUUUUCUCUUAAUGCUUUUCAGCUGCGAUAAUCAGGAGUCGUGCUCAGAGAAGUUUCUCUGGGAGGGAAGUGACAGGAGAAGUAGGGGGCUGUGAAGCAGCCAGAGACAGAUUGCAGAUUUUUCAUUCAUUUAUUCAUUCAUUGAAUCAUUCAUUCAGUCCCAAGGAGGAGUGCUGCAGGAAGUUAAUCCAAAGCCAUGCAGGUCUCCCUCCCAUGCACACACACAUACCUCCCUCUUGGACACUCGUUUGUGCCUUAGACGUGCCUUAUAUUUGAAUCCAGGAUGCCUGCGGGCUGCCUCGUCGCUGGGAGGUUUUAUAUACAGCCUUGUAGCACCAGACUGAAGUGGCUAUGGGUGAAGGGACUUUUUCCAAAGGCUCAAAAAUGGUUUCCUAAAAGUGAGCUGUGGUCAGAUGUGCACAUCUGGAAAAAAGAAGCAGUCACGUCCACUAGGAUAAUCCCAUUUUGCAGAGAUGCCAUCACAUCAAAAAAAUGCCCAACCGGGAUUGAAAAUCUUACCAGUGCUCAGAGCAGAUCAUUUCUCAGCGCAGAGGAAACCUGAUGCAUUGAGGAUUAAGGCUCCAUGUCUCCGUGGCCAGAGGGCCAGCUCUUACCACAGGACAAGACGAGGCAUUGUUUCAUUUUGUCAUUUGGGGCAACGUAAAAUUCAGAAAUGCUUUAUUUUGUCUUGGCGUCUUGAAGGAAGGGAAAUAAUAUUUCUGGAGCCCCCACUCCGUGCUAUGCCUAAAUAAGUUUUAAGUCUUGUAAUUUUGUAGCAAGAGAAAAUAAGCGUCCCUCAGGACGGCGAGCUGCGGAAGCAACUAAGUGAUAGGGGAGCGGCCGAGGUCGAGCAGAUGCCUUGCUGUGCGAACACGCGGUCAACAGUCCGGGCCCACGGGCCACGCGUUCGCCUUGGGCUGGGCCCCGCGGUGCCAAGGUCAGGUUUUUGCCUCAUGCUGGAGAUGUCCACCAGAUGUGUGUCUCCUGUCCACUUCAUCCAGCUGUGGAUCCCAACUAGCAGCCUUUGCAUCCUGGAAAAGCAACGCCAGCGGUGUUGGCCGUUUCUCGGCUCUUCUCCCUUGCUCGCCAGCCACCGUGGACCCACCGCCCGCACUGUUUAGCAAACCUGCCUUUCAGAGAAACACUGUCUGAGUCUACGAAAAACACUAGCCUUCUUUGACAAAUUGUGAGCGGCCCUUUUUAAACAAUGCUGAGCAGACUCUGGACUGUAAUCAACCAUGAGCUUUAAUGUCUCUGCUGCCAGGCUGGGCUUUCCUUUCUUUGGUAACAGAUUAUAUAGACCAGCAGUGUUGAAGUCGAAAUACAUGGUGAGUCUAUUAUCUAUUGUAUUGUGCUGGGGUUUUUUUUAAUGGCUUUUUAUCCUUUAUUGUAGCUAAGUAAAUACCAAAAAAAAAAAAAAAAAAAAAAAUGCUUUGUAGGAUACUUGUACUUAGUUUGGAAAAAAAAAGAAUUGAAAUUGUUAUGCUUUUAUAUUUCCAUUUCUUGCAAAUAAAAAUAUUUUUUCUUAAAUAGUAAAA